CUCUGGAGCUGGAGUUGCAGAUGGUUGUGACCCCCAGACAUGGUUGCUGAAACCAAACUCAAGUUCCCCUCCCCCCAAAAGAGCAGCAGUGUCUGAAGGAAAACACCACCUUGAUCUCGACUUACAAUGGGAUUUCGGAAGUCUCCGGAUGGCGGGUGGGGCUGGGUGAUCGUGCUGGUUUCCUUCUUCGCCCAGUUUCUGUGCUAUGGAUCACCCUUAGCUGUCGGGGUCUUGUAUAUAGAAUGGUUGGAUGCCUUCGGAGAAGGAAAAGGAAAAACAGCCUGGGUGGGGUCCCUGGCAAGUGGAGUUGGCUUGCUUGCAAGUCCUGUCUGCAGUCUCUGUGUCUCAUCUUUUGGAGCGAGACCCGUCACAAUCUUCAGUGGUUUCCUGGUGUCUGGAGGCUUGAUGCUGAGCAGUUUUGCCCCCAAUAUCUACUUUCUCUUUUUCUCCUAUGGCAUCGUUGUAGGUCUUGGAUGUGGCUUACUGUACACUGCAACAGUGACCAUUACGUGCCAGUAUUUUGACAGCCGCCGAGGCCUAGCACUUGGUCUGAUUUCAACAGGCUCAAGCGUUGGCCUUUUCGUCUAUGCGGCUCUGCAGAGGAUGCUGAUUGAACACUAUGGCCUGGAUGGGUGCCUGCUGAUUGUGGGUGCUUUAUCUUUAAAUAUACUAGCUUGUGGCAGUCUGAUGAGGCCCUUGAAGAUCUCUGACUGUCCUUUGUCUGAAAAAACAGCUCUGGAGAAUGUUCCAGAUAGGUACUCCAUGUACAAUGAGAAAGAAAAGAACUUAGAAGAAAGUCCAAACAUCUUAGACAAGAGCUACAUUAGUGAGAAUAAAUACAAAUGCUCCCUGGCCAGUGGUGACUGGAGCCAGGACAGCCCUCUCCAUAAAAAACCCAGCCCUGUGCCCCAUGCCAAGGAGCCCGAGAUGUACAGGAAGAAAGUUGUGGAACAGACCUAUUUUUGUAAACAGCUUGCCAAGAGGAAGUGGCAGUUAUAUAAGAACUACUGGAGCGAGACCGCGUCUCUUUUUCAAAACAAAGUCUUCUCUGCACUGUUCAUCGCCAUCUUCCUUUUUGACAUCGGAGGGUUCCCACCGUCGUUACUCAUGGAAGACGUAGCGAGAAGCUCCAGCGUGAAGGAAGAGGAGUUCGUCAUGCCCCUCAUCUCCAUCAUCGGCAUCAUGACAGCUGUGGGGAAACUCCUUCUGGGAAUCCUGGCUGACUUUAAGUGGAUUAACACCUUGUAUCUCUAUGUAGCUACCCUGAUCGUCAUGGGCCUGGCCCUGUGUGCAAUUCCACUUGCCAAGUGUUACGUCACACUGGCCAUACUUUCUGGGAUCCUAGGGUUUCUCACUGGUAAUUGGUCCAUCUUCCCAUAUGUAACCACGAAGACUGUGGGAAUUGACAAACUAGCCCAUGCCUAUGGAAUAUUAAUGUUCUUUGCUGGACUUGGAAAUAGCCUUGGACCACCAAUUGUCGGUUGGUUCUACGACUGGACCCAGACCUAUGACAUCGCCUUUUAUUUCAGUGGCUUCUGUGUCCUGCUGGGAGGGUCCAUCCUGCUGCUGGCGGCCUUAUCCUGUUGGGACACGUGCAACAAGAAACUCCCUAAGCCAAUGCCAACGACUUUUUUGUACAAAGUUUCCUCUAACGUUUAGAGGGUUAUUUAAAGGGCUUCUCCACUUUAUACCAUACAGCAAAAAAUAAAUAAAUAAUUUUUAAUAAGUUGUCAGGUAAGUUCUCUGGCAAACUUUCUAUGGCUGGCUCUGAAGGAGAAAACUUAUUUUUGAUAUCCUGUCUUUAUGUAAUGAAUGUAUAACCUCUAUCCCUUGAUUUGUUUUCCUCCCAGGAAGGGGAGCUAUUUUGUUUUACUGUUGUUCUUUAGUUCAUGUUGUAGAACUUUUGACCAGCCUCACAGACCUUUCUCUGGGUAAAGAAGUUUAGAUUUUCUGCUUUCUCCGUGAUUUUCACUGCAAGGCACCCAGAGCGUUUGCUUCUGUCUCAUGACUUACUAACCUCGCGAUGGGAUCUGUGUAAUGGCCUCUGAGCAAAGGGCUGUCUUUUCUCUGGCAGCAGGGAUGUGGCAUCACCUCGUUUCAGGAACUGAAGGUGUUUAUUAAAGCAGCCUGAAGGCUUGCAGACUUAGACAAGAUGUUUGACAUCGCAGUCAGCCGUCACCAGUUUUUGGUUUGCCUGACGCACCGUUCGGCCCUGGUACCACUGCGCACGAGCUUUCAGUUCCUCAGCAGCCUUUUCUGCCUGGUUGGCUCCUAGAACCCCACUUCUUGUGUUGGUCAGCAUCCCGUCAGCGACGUUGAGACCUGCUGAUCUUACCAUUUCAAACUUGGAAAUGCACUUCUGAACCAUUCCGUCUGGCAAAGGGGAAGCCGUGGGGAUGGUUUGAAAGGCCUGUGUGUCUUCCAGAUCAAACCUGUGCUUAGGUAUCUGUCAAACUUCACCACUAACAAAUUUUAAUUCAAGGUCAGAGCUAAACAAUGAAUGGUGUGUGUGUGUGUGUGUGUGUGUGUGUGUGUGUAUGCAUG